AUGUAUCUUCUUCUGCGGCAGAUCCGGGCGUUGAUGGUCAAGAAUCUCCUUCUCGUUGUUGUCCGUCCUUGCGUGACGACCCCUCUGAGGGCUUUAAUAUUGCCUAUCGUUUACAUAGCUUUCGUAGGUUACGCAAGAUUCCUGUUCACGCAGCCAUCCGUCUAUGGAAUCGGCGAGCCAAAACCCCUCCAUCCCUUCGUGGAUGCCUCCAAUGGCAGAGAUAAGUUGGUAUUUGUCAACAAUGGCUUCGUGGGAGGCUAUGUCGAACAGGUGAUUUCCACCAUCGCAGAGCCCGCUAAACUGCGAGGAGACGAUGUGCGCAUCCUGGCCUCGGAGAGUGAUCUGAGAGAUAUCUGCCGAAGCAAUUUGCGCGGUGUCUCUUCUUGCCUGGCUGCUGCUGUCUUCCAUUCCUCGCCAAAUGAAGGUCUCGGAGGAAUAUGGAACUACACAAUCAGGGCAGAUGCAGAGCUGGGCUCACGGCUCGACGUGCAUGGGAGCAAUACCGACGAGGCAAAAUACCUUUUUCCUUUUCAACAUUCCAUUGACUGGGCCAUAGCUCAGGUCAAUCGCACAAUUGACGCGAGUGCUUUUCCCAGUGAGGUAACGGAAUACGCGUUUACAUCGUUGACUCAGGAACAACGUGACGAUAGGCUUCGAGAAGGCUAUAUGGAUACCAUAAUCCAUAUUCUAGGCGUCGCUAUCUUCGUUGGGUUGAUCGGUGUCACAUAUCAGCUCACCGGAUUGAUUGCGAUGGAGCGCGAGCUGGGCAUGAGCCAGUUGAUAGACUGUAUGAUGCCAAAUAUCUCACGCUGGCAGCCCCAGGCUGCCCGAUUUAUCGCUGCCCAUUUGGCCCUGGAUCUUGUGUAUGGCCCUGGAUGGGUAAUCACGGGUGCGAUCCUGAAAGCUGGCGCGUUCAACAAAACACCAGCGGGAAUUGUCAUCAUCAAUAAUCUCUUAACUGGUCUUGCGCUCUCGUCGUUUUCGAUAUUCGGGGCGUCCUUCUUCAAGAAAGCGGAGCUCAGCGGUAUUUCUGCUGUUAUUGCCUGCUUGCUUCUAGGGAUCGUAGCACAGCUGGUUCCUGUAACUGCGAACGGUAAUGUGAUUAUCCUUAGCCUCCUCUUUCCCCCGAUGAACCACGUCUACUUCACCAUCUUCAUGGCCAGAUGGGAAAGGCAUGAUCGCCCGACUAACUUGGUAAAUUCUGCCCCUGAAAGCCCAUGGACCGUCCCGGGAAUAGUUCUGUGGUUGUUCCUCGUUGUGCAGAUCUUCGUGUAUCCUAUACUUGGUGCUUUAGUCGAGCGUGCGUUGUAUGGGACUGCCUCAAGGGGCCUCAUUGCCGCAAGGACAAAUGCUCCCUCAGCUGUCACCCUUGACCGUGUCAGCAAGUCGUACCAGCCAAGUUGGUUCUACAGAAAAGUAGCCAGGCUCUUUGGCGAAAAUUGCCAGAGCGUUCUAGCAGUCAACGGUCUUUCGCUGGAUAUCGUGAAGGGACAAAUAAUGAUCCUUCUUGGAGCAAAUGGAUCGGGCAAAUCAACAACGCUGGAUGCGAUUUCCGGGUUAACCAAGCUCACGUCUGGUGAGAUCCGGUUGAACUACGGAAGAAAUGGAGGCACUUUCGGUCUCUGUCCGCAGAAGAAUGUCCUAUGGGACUCUUUGACAGUCAAGGAGCAUGUCACCAUCUUCAAUAGAUUGAAAUCUGUGGGCAACCCCGAUGCUGAUAAUCAGAUAUCGAAGCUCAUCAAAGAUUGUGAUUUGGGGAGCAAAGUUAGCACUCGUUCGAAAACACUCUCUGGUGGCCAGAAAAGAAAGCUUCAGUUGGCCAUGAUGUUUACGGGCGGCUCUUCUAUCUGCUGCGUGGAUGAGGUAUCAUCCGGCGUUGACCCAAUCUCACGAAGGAAAAUCUGGGACAUUCUUCUGGCCGAGAGAGGCGCACGAACGAUCCUUUUGACCACGCAUUUCCUGGACGAAGCCGAAUUAUUGGCAGAUCAUAUUGCAAUACUUUCACGGGGAGUCCUCAAGGUCGAAGGAUCAAGCGCCGGACUCAAACAUCAGUUUGGGUCAGGGUACCGGAUCUACGUGCAGAGGAAUCCUGGCUCUGGCGACUUCAGUGUCCCAAUGUUUAAACAUAUCCCUAGGGAGAUCCAUUUCGACGAGACUGUUUAUAAAGCUAAGAAUUCCGCCGACACUACGAGGUUUGUCACGAUCUUAGAACAGGAGGGUAUCACAGACUACCGUGUCUGCGGGCCUUCAAUUGAAGAUGUGUUUUUGAAAGUUGCAGAAGAGCUGGAGCUUGACAAUCAGGAGCCUGGCGGAUCCGAUGGAGGGAAUACCAUCGCCAUGGACGAGCGGCUGCCAAAGUUUGAUGGAGAGAAAAGCUUCCCUGUUGACGAUGUCACGUCUCAUGCACCUCGACUUAUGAGAGGCAGACGCGUUGGAGUGGUGCGUCAAGCCCUGAUUUUGUUCGGUAAAAGAGCAACCAUAUUGCGUCGCAAUGCUCUUCUUUGUCUUGCGCCCUUUCUCAUUCCCGUCAUCGCGGCGGGUUUGGUUACCCUUUUUCUUCCUGGUGUCAGCAGAACUGGAUGCUCUGUAGAUCAAACCUCCACCUAUAAUGCUGCCGAAUCCCUGGAACGCCAUGAAAAGCUCGAUUUUGUGCUGGGACCGUCAAGAAAAGUGCAAUCUGCAACUCUGAACCGCGUCGUUAGCGUUAUUCAAUCUGAUUUUCCGAGCAGCUUGAAUAGCUCAAACAGUUCAAACGACACGAGGGAUAAUAGAAGUUUACAUAUGGUGGAUAGCUUCGAGGAGUUUAGGAGCUAUAUCGAUCACAAUUUUGCCAAUGUGAUUCCAGGAGGUGUCUAUCUCGGCGAUUCAUCAUCGCCACCGACUUUCGCAUGGAAUGGCGAUAGGGGCAGUCUGGUACUUCCAGCCAUCACGCAAAAUGUCCUUGAUAUGUUCUUGACAAAUGUGUCAAUUGGCUUUCAAUACCAACCGUUCGACAUCCCGCGCAUGCCAAACGCCAGCAAGAUUCUCCAACUCAUCACCUACCUCAAUCUUGCAAUGGCAGUUUACCCAGCUUUCUUUGCCCUGUAUCCUACUGUUGAGAGGUUGAGAAAUGUUCGAGCUCUUCACUAUAGCAGCGGAGUGAGAAGCCUGGCACUAUGGAUAGCGUAUCUCGGAUUCGACUUUUGCAUAGUUGCCAUCACCAGUGCUUUUGCGGUUAUCAUCUUCAGAGCCGUCUCGAGUAUUUGGUAUCAUCCAGAGUACCUCUUCGUGGUUUUCUUCCUGUACGGGAUAUGCUCCACGCUAUUAUCGUAUAUUGUUUCUCACUUUGCGAGAUCCCAACUUGCCGCAUUCGCCCUUGCAGCGGGCGGACAAUGUGUUAUGUACCUCGUCUACUUAAUCGUUUAUGUAGCCGCGUUGGUAUACUCGCCUGUCGACAAGAUUGACCGCUAUGUCAACGUUGCUUAUUUCACUGUCGCAAUAGUCAGUCCUGUCGCCAGUCUGGCGCGGUCCAUGUUUGUGUCGUUGAACUUCUUCUCAAUUCUUUGUCGAGGUACAGAAACUGCCACGUACCCGGGCGAAAUCACCGUCUAUGGGGGCCCCAUUCUCUAUCUGACCCUUCAAUCGUUACUGUUCUUGGGAGUGCUUGUAUGGCUGGAUGCUGGACUUUCAUUCUCCUGGCUCAGAUCAAGAAACAGAGAGAACAGAAUAACGGAAGAUGAGGAGUUUACUGGUGCAGAUGUUCCCAGUCGCUUCUCAAGAAUGAUCGAUAUGACAAACACAAGUGACGGACUCCGUGUCAUAAACCUAACAAAGACGUUUGGAAAGUCCGUUGCCAUCGAGGAUGUUUCGUUCAGCGUGUGCAAGGGUGAAGUGUUCGCUCUACUCGGUCCCAACGGAGCUGGGAAGACGACCACCCUUUCUCUUAUCCGCGGUGACAUGCAUCCAUCUCGACAUGGAGGUGAAAUAUUUGUAGAAAAUAUAUCGGUGCGAAAACAUCGGGGAACAGCCAGAUUGCAUCUAGGAGUAUGUCCGCAAUUUGACGCGAUCGACCAGAUGACGGUGCUGGAGCAUUUGAGAUUCUACGCCCGUAUCCGCGGAGUGCCAGAUGUAGAGCACAAUGUCCACGAAAUCCUGCGAGCUGUGGGAUUGACAGCGUUCAAGGAGCGCAUGGCGAUGAAGCUAUCCGGGGGCAACAAACGCAAGCUGUCCCUUGGCAUUGCAUUGAUGGGUAAUCCGACGGUUCUCUUGCUGGACGAACCGUCAUCGGGGAUGGACGCUGCCGCGAAGCGUGUGAUGUGGAAGACACUCGGCUCUAUCGUGCCCGGUCGAUCGAUCGUACUCACGACGCAUUCCAUGGAGGAGGCAGAUGCAUUAGCAGGCCGCGCGGGUAUCCUGGCCAGACGAAUGCUCGCACUGGGAACCACAGAAUACCUUCGACAGAAAUACGGAAACAUGUAUCAUGUCCACCUGGUCCAUGCCCAGGCACCGCACACCCCCGACGAAGACAUGCACCGUCUCCGCAACUGGGUCUGGUCAACCUUCCCCGGCGCUAUGAUCCAGCAAAAGACAUACCACGGCCAAUUGCGAUUCAGCGUCCCUGCAACGUUGUCAGUGGAAGAAACAGCAGCAACAACAACAACGGAAGACACGGCCUCGUCCUGGACCUUCGUCGAUGAAACUCAGUCCAGCAUGGCACGAGACGGAUCGUCUUCCUGCUCUACCACCGCACGGUUGAAGAAUAGUAACAGUACUAGCAGUGCCAGCAUGCUCUUCUCCUGUCUAGAGCAGAAUAAGUCCGUGCUAGGCGUGCAGUAUUACUCCAUCAGCCAGACAUCGUUGGAUCAGGUAUUUCUUACCAUUGUCGGACAGCAUGAUAUUGCGGAGGAAAAUUCCGAGUAAUCUGUAUGAUUCUGGCGGGCAAAAGUACGCUGUAAAUUGCUGUUUUAACCGGAGAAAUGGAGUUGUGGGCAAGUUGUAACCCCUCACUUUCAUUCAUUUUCUUAUAGUGCAUUGUAGUGGAUAUAUUGAUU